AUGGACAUGAGUCUCCGGGCCGCAAUCACCCUCCUGCUGUUCUUUCAACCUUGCCAGAGCCAGCCGGAGCCCGGGUGCGGCGUCGAAGCGGCACUGAACCGUUGUCAAGUCCCCCUCCGCGAGCCCGGUCUCCUGCAGUCCACGUACCGCGGCGAGACGGGCAGGACCCCGGAAGACGUCCAGAAGGCGGGGGGCUUUUACUCGCGAGGCCUGCAGAGGCAGCUGGCGGGCGCCGAGCUCACCGACCAGGAGUUGCGGGAUGGAAGCAGCCUGUUCAAGCAUGCCGAAGGCUACACGGCCCAGUAUACGCGCUACGUCUCGACGAGCGCCGACCCUGCGGCUGCGCUCAGGUUCGCCGUCGCCAUGGGAGAAGAGGCCGAUCAGAGGGGUUUCCUGUACAAGAUCCAUGCUGAUGGCAGGAUGAUCGACGUGGACGGCUCUCUUCGCAGGCACUCGCCUUACCUCGCGCUUAGGCAGAGGGAGCAUGCGGCCAUUGGCUUUAUCCCCUUUGCGCAGAUUGAAGGUUGGUGGGAGAUUACUGUCAACUUGGAUGAGAAGGGCUUUGACGGCAGGAGGUUUCUCUACAAAACGGGAAAGAAGCUACGACAGGGGAGGUUGAAGGAUUUCCACAAGAACCUCGAGUUUGAUGAGAAGACGUUCGCCAGGCUGCAAGGCCACGGGGCGGCGCCAGAGCUCGCCGGGUUCCCCCAGGGCCACCGGGCAUGGAAAGAGACGACGUGGAAGGAGUUUGAGAAACAGCCGGUGGAGAUCAAGUUGGACGAGCUGAUCAGCGCGAUAUGUGCUCCUAAAGACAAGUUGACCAAGAGAAACAGAACGAGCUGUUUGUGGCCGCUGGCCGACGCCAAGGCUGGCAAGCCGAACAUUCCCAAGGCUCCCGAUGUCCAUCGUGUUCCUCAUGUCCCUCAUGGCAGCCGAAAGGGGGGGUUGGCCCAGAAUAGAGGCAAAGGCCCACUGAGGAAGUUGAACAAAAUCAGCAUAACCAAGAUGGGGGCGGGGAGCACGGCUGCUUUUCACAUACUAGCCCCGUAUGCGAGAGACGUGCUCGAGGCCGUCAAGAAGUGGGAUCACCCAGUUGGACGGGCCGUGGGAUGGUUCGAUGACACCAUAACAUCCUUCCAGGAGAGCCUUUUUGGAAAGCGUGUGCCCGAAAUCGAUGGGAAUGAGACCAAGUUGAGACUACUGUGUUGGCUAAGAGGGGAGCAGAAUGACGAAGAGCGUGGUGUAGGAAAGGCAUGCAAACGGCUAAGAGCGACGGACAAGAAUGAACAGCAGCAAGAUGACUGGGUCCUGGGACUCAACCAGCUCUCGGCGCUUUGCUACGCGGUUGAGACGGACCCCCCGGAGGAGGAGUCGAUUCGGCUCCAGCUGGAAACGAGCUGCGCCGCGCUCCAGGUGGAACUAGAGAGGGAGGAAAAGUCUGGAUCAAAUACAGGGAAGACGUACGAAGCCAUGCACAAAUAUGUCGACCAGUUGCUGCUCGAAGUCGGGUGGAGAUUUGAACUGCGUCAAGUGGCCGAACCAGAACCAGAACCAGCCCGGGGGGGGAGAAUCCGGGGCGAGGCAACCAGCCAUGGUACGACUAUAAAAAACGACUCCAGUAACUUGCAAGAACAAGCCGCGGCGUGA